UCAUACACACACACAUACUAAACAAGCUAUGUCAUCCCCGGUCUGAACCUGCCAAACUAGAGAAACAGAGGCAGAUCACUGGAAAAUAGAGAAGAACGUCAAGACCAGAGCCGAUUCCACCAUGAAAAAAACUGUCAUUCAAGUGUUGGGGUUCUUGAUCUCCACCCUCGGUUGGUUCACGGUGUGUUGUACACUAGCCAUGGAUAAGUGGAGGAUUACCUACAUAGGUGGACAGGGAGGUGCAUGGAUAAUCAAGGCAGCAUGGUACUAUUCCAACCUCUGGAAAGAUUGCUACACUGACACCAGCUCCGUUGACAACUGCAGGGAUUAUGAUGUUAUGUGGGUCAUAAACCCCACAAAUACAGCAGAACGAGGAUUUAUCCAGACUGUUCGAGGACUGCUUCUCUUCGGAAUGGUAGUGGGCUUUUUUGCAGCCAUAUUUUGCUUUGUUGGGAUGGAUUGUACAUACAUUGGCGGAAGCGAGAGAACCAACGAUAUAAUUUUAUUAACUGGAGCCCUUUUUCAUUUUAUUGGAGGUGUUGCUGGUGCCGCUGCUUACUGCUUUUUUACAAUCAAGUUAGGAAGAGCAAACUUUGUGCGCUUGUCUGCCAGAGGCUUUUUAAGGUAUCAAAUAGGGCCUCCGAUAUACCUUGGUUUUGCUGGCAGCUUUUGCAUAAUUGUAGGCUCUAUUUUGUAUGCUGUGACUGUAUACAGAAUCAUCAUACCCAAGAGAGAGGUGGACCCAUCAAAACCAAGAAAGCCCAUGUCCACAAAGACCUACAUUCCAGUGGCCAAAACCAGGACACUAAACAAUGGAGGCCGUACACCAUCAGUUCAGUCCAAACUCUCCAGACCAAUAAGCCAGUCAAGCAGCCAAGUGUCCAGGAUUUCCCGGAUUACAGAGAUGUCUGUCAGAGAUGCUUUUGUAUGAACAAUUUAUCCUUCGAUUUCUAUCUGCAGAACUGUAAAUAAUAGAGUAGUACUGUCGUCUGUUGACUCUGUAAUCACACUGUCAAAUGAACUUCAUCACACUUUGUUUGUUUACAGAGUCAUGGUGUUCAAUGACUUAUUGUUUAUAACAUUUUUGCUUUUGGGUCAAUAUCUGAAACUGUCUGUAUUUAUAAAAUAAGAUUAACAUUC